AUGACUCGCCUGGCAUUCCGUGCCACCCGCCCUGCCAUCAUGUCUGCCAUCUCAGAUUGUCACCAUCUUCGUCCACGGCGCUUUGCUCCGCUUGAUCCAGCUCGGGCGUCCGACGCACCGUCCUUGAAGGGCAUCAUAUUUGACGUGGAUGGUACUCUAUGUCUACCACAACAUCAUAUGUUCUCUGAAAUGAGGCAAGUUCAAAGCAAUUGCGGUACCGGGGUCCCUUAUGAUAAUCACGAUCUAACUCCUGAACUCAGAGAAGCUCUGGGCAUUGACCGCUCCGUCGAUAUCCUCCACCAUAUUCGCGACCUUCCCACACCGGAGGAGCGUGCGGUGGCCGUCUCCAAAGUGCAAGCCGUGGAACAGCGCGCAAUGCUGGAUCAACAACCCCAACCUGGCCUAUCCCAAUUAAUGAACUAUAUACAGUCUCGCAAACUUCCCCGUGCGCUCUGCACCCGAAAUUUUGAGGCACCCGUGCAAUAUCUCCUCCAGAACCAUCUUCCCAGCCACAUUUUUCUCCCUAUCAUUACCCGCGACACGCCCAAUGUGGUCCCCAAGCCCGACCCGGCUGGGAUCCUGCACAUUGCGCGCGAGUGGGGGUUGACGAACAGGGCGGAGAGCCUGAUCAUGGUUGGCGAUAGCAUCGACGAUAUGACCGCCGGGCACACAGCAGGUGCGGCAACGGUCUUGCUCCUGAACGAGCGCAACAGCCACCUCAAGGAACACGCCCAUACGGACCUCUGCAUCAGCCGCCUCGAUGAACUAGUCGAUAUUCUGGAGCAGGGGUUUGUCGGCUACCGCAGAAAUGACGAUAAUGGGGAGUGA